CAAUUUUUGCGGAUUGCCUUUGUGUAUGUACAUGUGUUCUCGACUUUUCUUGCAUUUUCGAAUAACAAAUAAGUCAAGUUCGAAGCGGUGUCCGCAUUGAUAUAAUUCAUUUUACAUUAGAAACAUCUAGUUCACACGUUCAAGUGUUUGAAAUCCACUGUGUUCAUAAAUAAAAUUCGAAUAAAAGGCGCAAUUAAGUGGAAACUAAGUAAAACGAAAAUGAGUACCGAUCAGAUAAACGCAUUGAAAGAGAAGGGAAAUCAGGCUUUGGCCGCUGAAAAAUUCGAUGAAGCUGUUCAAGCGUAUACGGAAGGGAUUAAUUUAGAUCCAAAAAAUCAUGUAUUGUACAGCAACCGAUCGGCUGCAUAUGCCAAAGCCGGUAAAUAUGAAUCAGCAUUGGAAGAUGCAAAUAAGACAGUUGAAUUGAAUCCAACAUGGGCGAAAGGUUAUUCGCGCAAAGGAACUGCCCUAUCAUGCAUGCAAAAGUAUGUUGAGGCAUUUGAAGUGUUCCAAAAAGGUUUGGAAUUGGAUCCGAACAAUGCUGCAUUGCAACAAGGUCAAGCUGAAGUACGAAAUGCGGUAUUGGCACAAAUAAUGAAAGGUCAACCAAUGGAUGAAGAUCCAACACCAUCACCACCACCCAAAUCGGAACCACCAAAGCCCAAAAAAGAUGAAGAAAAACCGGCCGAAGAUGCAAAUUUACCCGAAAACAUUAAAUUAGCCCGUAAAAGUAAAGAACUCGGAAAUGCAGCGUACAAAAAGAAGGAUUUCGAAAAUGCACUCAAAUACUAUAACGAAGCAUUGCAACACGAUCCAACUGACAUCACGUACUACAACAACAUUGCGGCCGUUAAUUUCGAGCAAAAGAAGUACGAAGAAUGUAUAAAAGAAUGUGAAAAAGGUAUUGAGGUGGGCCGCGAAAAUCGCGCCGAUUUCAAAUUGAUUUCGAAGGCAUUCAGUCGCAUUGGUAACGCGUACAAAAAAUUGGAACAAUGGAAAUUGGCCAAAACGAACUAUGAAAAAUCGUUAUCCGAAUAUCGAUCACCCGAUGUAAAAACGUUGCUUAGUGAAAUGGAAAAAAAGAUCAAAGAAGAAGAAUUGAAAGCCUACGUUGAUCCAGCUAAAGCCGAAGAAGAAAAGGAAAAGGGCAACGAAUUUUUCAAGAAGGGUGAUUUCAGUACGGCCAUCAAACAUUACACAGAAGCAAUAAAUCGUAAUCCAAAUGAUCCAAAACUGUACAGUAAUCGUGCCGCUUGCUAUACAAAAUUGGCUGCCUUCGAUUUGGGCCUGAAGGAUUGUGAAACAUGCGUGAAGCUGGAUGAUAAGUUCAUCAAGGGAUGGAUUCGUAAAGGAAAAAUUUUACAAGGCAUGCAACAACCUUCGAAAGCAUUGUCGGCCUAUCAAAAAGCGCUUGAAUUGGAUGCAUCAAAUGCUGAAGCACUUGAGGGAUAUCGUCAGUGUUCAAUGGCUGUACACAGCAAUCCAGCCGAAGUUCGGCAACGUGCCAUGGCUGACCCCGAGGUGCAGGAUAUUCUACGGGAUCCAGCCAUGCGAAUGAUUCUUGAACAAAUGCAAAGUGACCCCAAGGCUGUACAAGACCAUUUGAAGAAUCCAGAAAUAGCAUCGAAGAUACAAAAACUCAUUGAAUCGGGCAUUAUUCAAAUUCAUUAGGAAUAACAUACUAUUGGUAUGCUAUACCAACCGAAAGCCCAUAUCGACUUUAACCACAAUUGUGUACCAAAUAAAACGGGAAACUAAUAAAAUGGAAUAUAUAAAGGAGACAUCAAA